UUGGUGAUGGUGAUGCAAUGGUUGUUGUUGAAGGUAAAGUCGAUGCAGAUAAAGCUGAUGCAAAUGAAGCUGAUGCAGAUGAAACUAAUGUAGUUGUAACUGAAGAAAUAGAUGAUAUUGAUGCAGACAACAAGGCUGAUAUAAGCAAAGUCAGUUUGAAUAAUCUAUAUUUAUUGGCUUUUACACCUUGCUCAUCUGAUGGUUAUCUAGAGCACUAUAAAGUAUUAAAGUUUGAGAAGUAA